CCUUCAGUUCUGUUCUGACGUCAUCACGCAACGAAGAGUCCUCGGCAUGUGGUGCUGAGAGCGGAGCAGCAGGUUAGAGGUGUGUUUAGGUUAACAGGUUAAAUACCGAGGUGUUCAGUGUGUUACCUGGCACAGAGAUGUACUACAGACUCAACGGAGUGACGCAGCGGCUCACCGGAGCUCCCGUCGCCGCUUACAGCCCGCAGGGUCUGCGUCCAGGUGUCCCACCUGUCAGCCCUCCCAUCAUGUUUGCUUCUCCAAACAAACUGGCAUCUGAAGCAAGAAGUCAGUCGGAAUACCUGGGAGUCAGUCGAGUCCCUGACCUGCAGAAAGUCUUCCAGGUAACACAGCAGCAGAGCUCAGACAGCAUUCCAGUCCACCUGAAGGGAGGCCGGAUAGACAAACUGCUGUACCGGACCACGAUGGCUCUGACUGUGGGGGGUUUGCUCUACUGCGUGGUGGCUCUUUACAUUUCCGCCCAGCCCAGCAACAAGUGAUGCUGCAGAGCUGCUGCACUCUGAUUGGACGAGAGGUUUCUGAGCGAGGAACUGACAAAAAGGCGUUCAGAAACAAACACCUUGUACAGAAAAUAUUUAGUGUGAACUGUUAGUAAUAAAGUCUAUUUUGUUGUUAAAGAA